GUCCCAUUCCACCUACAUCCUCGUCUAGCCUUCUCCCAUCUGCUCAGCUGCCCAGUUCUCAUAAUCCUCCACCAGUUAGCUGCCAGAUGCCAUUGCUAGACAGCAACACGUCCCAUCAAAUCAUGGACACCAACCCUGAUGAGGAGUUCUCUCCUAAUUCAUAUCUGCUGAGAGCGUGUUCAGGGCCACAGCAGGCUUCCAGCAGUGGCCCUUCAAAUCAUCACAGCCAGUCAACGCUGAGACCACCUCUCCCUCCUCCUCACAACCAUUCCCUGUCCCAUCAUCAUUCCUCUGCCAACUCCCUCAACAGGAACUCGCUCACCAAUCGCCGGAACCAGAUCCACGCGCCCGCUCCGGCGCCCAACGACCUGGCCACCACCCCCGAGUCCGUGCAGCUCCAGGACAGCUGGGUGCUCAACAGCAACGUCCCCCUGGAGACCAGGCAUUUCUUGUUUAAGACAUCUUCUGGAACUACUCCGCUGUUCAGUAGCUCUUCCCCUGGUUACCCAUUGACCUCAGGAACGGUUUAUACUCCACCUCCCAGACUGUUACCUAGAAAUACAUUCUCCAGGAAUGCAUUCAAGCUGAAAAAACCCUCCAAGUACUGUAGCUGGAAAUGUGCUGCUUUAUCUGCAAUUGCUGCUGCAGUCCUGCUUGCCAUCUUGCUAGCAUAUUUCAUAGCCAUGCAUCUCCUGGGGCUGAACUGGCAGCUGCAGCCGGCCGAGGCUCCGACCUUCAACAACGGGCUGCGCCCGCCCGGCGAGGACGGCCCGCCCGCAUCUGAGAGCAGCAAGAUCAUGGUGUACUGGCAGUAUCAGAGCAAGGAGCAGAACAAGGAUGCUGUCUCUAGUUUUGUGCCUCAUACCAACAAGGGACCAUGGGUCACUAGGAAUAGCAGCAUAGAUAGUGGAGAAACAGAAGUUGGCCACAGGGUCACCCAGGAGGUGCCCCCCGGAGUUUUUUGGAGGUCUCAGAUCCAUAUCAGCCAGCCACAGUUCCUGAAGUUCAACAUAUCCUUAGGGAAGGAUGCUCUUUUUGGUGUUUAUAUAAGAAGAGGACUCCCACCAUCACAUGCCCAGUUUCAUGCCAUUAAUGGUGCCAUCGCUCUUAUGCUCUAA